AAAAUACAAAAUUAUUUAAUCCAAAUUAUGGCCUGAUUGCCAUCGGUCUGCUGGACGGCCGCUAAAUUGCCAGACCGUUUUCCGGUUUCUCCAUCGGAAAUGUCCCCUCGACUAGGUUGUUUAUCUGUAGUAAGGGGAACUUGAAACCGCCCCUGCCCCAUUUCCUUGGUUGUUUUGCUCCUUUCGCCUGGAUUCUCCAUGUUGGAGCAGCAGGGAGGUUUGACCGAAGGGGAGUGUGCACAGUACUGCUAGCUAGCAUGCUGAGCAAUACAGAUAGUAAGAGAAAGCCGAGACGGGUAGCUAAGGGAGUAGCUACCCAGAGAAAACCCAAACACGCCGCCCCUCCCAUGUGAACAAGCAACUACAGAGAAGCCCAGGAAAAUGAUAAAACACUGUUGCUGAAACAAACUGAACACGGAUAUCAACGGCAGUUGACGUUAAAUUCGUUGGCAAGCUGACUCGUUUUGGGGGAAAACGGUUUUAAUUUUUGACGUUUGUUAGAUGGAAAGUUCUGUCAUCACUCAAGUGCGGAAAGAAGACGUUCAACUCUCGUCAAAAUCAGUCCAGAAGAAGUCUUCCGCAAAGAAGCACAGCAGUCCCAAGCUCUUUAAAGCCCUCUUCUGCUGUCUGCAAGCUCAGGAUGUCCUGCGGCCACCACCCCCUUCCCACGAUGCCCCGCUGCAGCCCGAGGACACUGCGCUGGUUGCUAAGACCCUUGGAGCCCGUCUCCUGCCUGAAAUCACCACGCAGGACCAGGGGAAGAUCUGUGUGGUCAUCGACUUGGACGAGACCCUAGUGCACAGCUCUUUCAAGCCGAUCAAUAAUGCUGAUUUUAUUGUUCCUGUGGAGAUUGAAGGAACCACUCAUCAGGUGUACGUGCUGAAGAGGCCGCAUGUGGACGUCUUCCUCCAGCGAAUGGGGGAGCUGUUCGAGUGCGUCCUGUUCACCGCCAGCCUCGCCAAGUAUGCGGACCCUGUGACAGACCAGUUGGACCAGCGGGGCGUGUUUCGCACAAGGCUGUUCCGCGAGUCCUGCGUCUUCCACCAGGGCUGCUACGUCAAGGACCUGAGCCGCCUCGGCCGGGAGCUGAGCAAGACUCUCAUCCUGGACAACUCGCCCGCCUCCUACACCUUCCACCCAGAGAACGCUGUGCCUGUGGUGUCCUGGUUCGAUGACCUUGGAGACGCCGAGCUGCUGCACCUCCUGCCCGUGUUUGAGGAGCUGAGCCGUGCGCAGGACGUCUACUCCGGCCUGGGACAGAUGAGAGCCCCCUGAGCCCUGCUACAGCACCCCCCUUUCAGCAGAGGGUCCGAGUCAGCCCCGCUCAGUCACCACUCAGUCCUUCAGGUCUGAAUCCAUCAGGCUCUGUCAGAACGCACGGUCAGGCUCAGUCUGAAAUCAUCAGGCUCUGUCAGAACGCACGGUCAGGGUCAGUCUGAAAUCAUCAGGCUCUGUCAGAACGCACGGUCAGGGUCAGUCUGAAAUCAUCAGGCUCUGUCAGAACGCACGGUCAGGCUCAGUCUGAAAUCAUCAGGCUCUGUCAGAACGCACGGUCAGGGUCAGUCUGAAAUCAUCAGGCUCUGUCAGAACGCACGGUCAGGGUCAGUCUGAAAUCAUCAGGCUCUGUCAGAACGCACGGUCAGGAUUCAGUCUGAAAUCAUCAGGCUCUGUCAGAACGCACGGUCAGGGUCAGUCUGAAAUCAUCAGGCUCUGUCAGAACGCACGGUCAGGGUCAGUCUGAAAUCAUCAGGCUCUGUCAGAACGCACGGUCAGGGUCAGUCUGAAAUCAUCAGGCUCUGUCAGAACGCACGGUCAGGGUCAGUCUGAAACCAUCAGGCUCUGUCAGAACGCACGGUCAGGGUCAGUCUGAAAUCAUCAGGCUCUGUCAGAACGCACGGUCAGGGUCAGUCUGAAACCAUCAGGCUCUUUCAGAACGCACGGUCAGGAUUCAGUCUGAGUCGGACAAAGACGGUCAUAGAUUGGCUGACGUGGUCCGGCAGAGUUAGCCGUUAUGACCGUAGAACAGUCGGUUUAACAUGUCCCUCUGCACGCAGGCGUGAGUGGUGUGAUCCUCAGGAUGUUGGUGAUGAGCCCAGCAUUCCCCAAAAAACACACCAUCGCAACUGCCAUAACCAGGCUGCUCCAGAACAGCCCAGCGCAAACAGAGUGACUGUGGCCAGGGUUCCACCGAAGAACCUGAGUCGACAGCCGGAGGACUCAACAUUUGGUCCAGGGCUUAAGGAGGGGCUGGAAGGACAACACAACUCUGGCACAAAACUGUGAAACUUGAAACUUUGACAGGAAAAACCUGUUUUUCUUUGGU